GAGUUUUACGACAAAUUACACGACCACGUGUCGCUCUCUCAGGUUCCCAUGCGGAUACCUGUCCAUCACCGGUUCAGAGUGAAAACCCACGUACUACCGUCGCAUCUUCUUCACACAUUACCCAAUUUUGAAUUUAGGGUUUCAAUUUCACAACAUGAAGGCACCUUUUUGACGCUUCUAUACAUACCGAUUGAAUAUGUCAGAGCCUUAAAAGUUUUAGAAUUUAAGCAUAUUGAAUUGCAUAUUGCAGAAGUUUGAGAAAGAUGUUAGCAGAUUUAGGGAUGAAUUCUUUUGAUGAGAGUACAGAGAGACAUUACCACACAUUAGCCAUUAUUAUUGCAGCAUGCUUUGUCCUUGUAGCCUUGAUUCUAUCAUCUGUUACCAUUAUUCAGCAUCUCAAAUUUUAUACCAAUCCUGAGGAGCAGAAAUGGAUUGUUGCAGUUCUCCUUAUGGUUCCGAUCUAUGCCACCGAGUCGCUUUUUUCCUUGUGGAAACCGGUGUUUGCGCUUGCUUGCGACAUUUUAAGAAGUUGCUAUGAAGCAUUUGCGCUUUAUUCAUUUGGAAGUUAUUUGAUCGCCUGUCUAGGUGGUGAAAGAAGAGUUGUUGAAUUACUUGAAAAUGAGAAAGAAGCACUGCUGAGAAAGCCAUUGCUAGACGGAAAGGAUUUGAAACCAGACUUGAAUAGAACGUCAUUAUGCAAAUUCUUCAGACAACCGCGUGUUCUUGGGGAAAGAUUGUUACAAAUAGAGAAAUUUGGACUAGUACAAUAUAUGAUUUUGAAGACGUUAUGUUCGUUUUUGGCAAUGGUAUUGGAGCUUUUGGGUGUAUACGGUGAUGGCGAGUUCAAAGGGUACUACGGGUACCCGUAUAUUGCUUUCAUAAUAAACUGCAGCCAGAUGUGGGCCUUAUACUGCCUGGUGAAAUUCUACCAUGUGACUCGUGAAAGACUUCAACCAAUAAGACCUCUCGCAAAAUUCAUUAGUUUUAAAGCCAUUGUUUUUGCGACUUGGUGGCAAGGUGUCGGUAUCGCAUUGUUAUGUUACCUUGAAGUUCUGCCUAACAAGGGCAGAUUUCAAACUGAGUUACAGGACUUUUUGAUAUGUGUUGAAAUGGCAAUUGCUGCGGUAGCUCAUAUUUUUGUGUUCUCAGCAAAACCGUACCAUUUUUUGCCUGUAUCCGAGUAUGGAAAUAUAUCCACCAACACAAUUAAAGAAGUAGUGAAAGUAGAGGAAGGUGAUGAAGAAAAACCAGCUGUGAUCGAAAAAACAGAAACAAAGGUCGAGGCUCCCGGAACAAGUGUGAAAGAAAGCGUGCAGGAGAUGGUUGUUGAAGGCAGUCAGCAUGUUGUUGAUGAUGUUAAACUGACAAUAAAUCAAGCAAUUAAACCUGUCGGGAAAGGUAUGACGAAGAUUCAAGAAACAAUCCGUCAUUUAUCGGUUGGUGACGAUAGUGAGAAAUCAGAAGUUGAGGUUGAUGAAUACGAACAAGAUGUUACAAAAAUCGCGUCUGAUGGGUCAGCUGAUGAUGACAAUGAAAAACUCGAAGUAAGAGUCGAAAAAAACAAAGAAGUUUCGAGAAAUAGAACUCUAGAAACUGAAGAAGUAAGUGUUGAGGAAUAUAAACAUGAAUAAGAAACAGUUGACUGUAUAUAAGUUCUUUUUAACAUGCCGAUCGAUUCCUUAUUCACUUA